AUGACAACUACUUCCUCGCCUUUCCUACUCCCUCGUUCAUUACGCGAGUGGCUCAAAUUCAAGUCUCGUUCUGUAACCGCUUGGUGGGCACUUUAUGUGUCGGUGUUGGUCUUGAUGUUCGCUACCAACAUUGGCUUCUUCUUCUCAAGAGGACUAGAAAAGAAACUCAUCCCCGAAGAGUACUUUGCCUACAAAGUCCGACCCUAUGGUUCCCUUCUGCUCAUCCAUCUGCAUGCAUACUUCCAGCCAGCAUACUAUCCAUAA